AUGCAGUUUAAGACUGCUUAUAAUGUUUUUAAGAUUGUUUUAGUGGUGAUAUUGGUUGAAAUAAGUGUUGUUAACUGUGUAAGUGAAGAGGAGUUGUUUGCCUUUGGAGAAGAUGUGGAUGAUAAUUAUAUGGCGAGUGGAGAUGAAACAUUUGCUGAAGUCGAUCUACCUUCAAUUUUCUACUAUCUCGAUGAUGAACAGGAAUCCCUCGUGGUACACUCGAAUGGUUUCGUAUCGUUUGCUGCACCAAUACCUGGCUUCAGAGAAGAUCUGAAGAUUCCUUUUUAUCAUCCAUACAUUGCACCCUUUUAUGCUGAUGUCGACACAACAGUCUCAGGAAGAGUUUAUCACAGAAAAACUAGAGAUGCCAAUUUAUUGGAAAAAGCCACAACUUAUAUAAGAAAAGCUUUUCCGUAUCACCAAUUUCAACUUGAAUGGCUAUUCAUCGCCACUUGGAGUGGGGUUGGACAUUACAAGGGAGCGUCUGAUCAGGUUAACACGUUCCAAACGGUCUUAGCGUCGGGAGGAGAGAAAUCUUACGUUUUAAUCCUUUACCCAACUGCUGGCAUUUCUUGGUUCCAGAUGGAAGGAAGGCACAGCGGAGAGAUGGUGCUUGCGCAGGCUGGUUUGGACGCGGGCAGCAACAAUCAGUACUACCUUCUGCCUGGACAGGGCACUCCAGAUAUUCGUUAUUUGGAUAGGUAG